CUAUUGUAACGUAUUGUCAAAUGCUGUUUUUUGUGAACUCAUUGACCCCUAGUUAAAUGGGCAUUAUCUAGAGUUACAGCUCCCAUGCAAGUCCCUUGAGAUCAGUAUCUUUGAUCAGAACCACGCAAGUAUUGUAUUCUACUGAUAGGAUGACAGACUAUAUUGAAGAACAAGAGGGUGAAUUUGAGACCCUGUGUUGCAUUUACACUGAGGGAGAGCUCACAAAGACCAGCAGUAAUCCAACCUGCUUCCAGAUGCAUGUGGAGCCGGCCAGUGGAGAGGAGGAAGACUGUUCUGUGAGCGUAGACAUUCAGUUCAGCUACCCUCCAACAUACCCUGAUGAGGUUCCUGGAGUGGAAAUUGUGGAUCAAACUGGUUUAUCCCCAGAACAAGUUACUGAGCUGGAGACGUUUCUGAAUGAACAGGCAGUGGAGAACCUUGGUAUGGUAAUGAUCUUCACCUUGGUAGGUAUGGCCCAGGACAAACUUGUGGAGCUCAUGGACUCGGUCAAAGAGCUGCAGGAACAGGAAAAUAGACAGAAACAAGAGGAGCUGAAAAGAAAAGAAGAGGCUAAGUUUCACGGUACACCAGUUACUAAGGAAGCAUUUUUAGAGUGGAGAGAGCGUUUCGAUCAAGAAAUGAGAGAAACAACCAAACAAAUCAAAGUAUCAAGCAGCUCAAAGUUAACUGGGCGUCUGAUGUUUGAACAAGAUGCAUCUCUGGCCCUCUCUGAUACAAGGUUCCUUACAGAAGCAUCUGCCGUGGCUGAGAUGGACCUAAAAGAUGUGGAAGUUGAUGAAUCACUUUUCCAGGACUUAGAAGAUUUAGAUAUAGAAGAACAGACUUGAUACAGACUUGAUACUAUCCCUUAAUUUAUGUUUUGUGCAAUUGUAAAAUCAAUCCCUUUCACAAUUAUUAAUAAGCAAAGAGUACAA